AUGCCCCCACAAGAAUACGCUAUUUUUACAGAUAUACCAGUGACAAAAGCGCAGGUCGAACACUGUUCUUACUCAUCGUGGUCUACAUUAUUUCCUAAAUACGUACCGAAAUCUAAAAUAAUAAAAUCAUUACCAAAGAAAUUCAUUCAGUAUUUAGAACAAGAUGGCAUCAAGCUACCCCAAGAGGAAAACUCGAGGUCGGUUUAUACUGAGGAAAUAAUAAGGAACGAAGAUAAUGAAUACAGUGACUGGGAAGACGAUGAGGAUACCGCCACGGAAUUUGUCCAGGAAGUGGAACCGUUAGUAGAUUUCCCGGAUUUACACCAGCAGCUGAAGGAUGCUAUGAGCGAACUUGGCGCGGUUGCUCCCAAGUUGAAUUGGUCAGCACCAAGAGAUGCUACGUGGAUCUUGCCUAACAAUACUAUGAAAUGCUACGAAGUAAAUGAACUAUACCUUCUAUUGAAUGCUUCGAACUAUAUAAUGCAUGACCUUCAAAGAGCAUUUGAAGGCUGCGUAGACGGCGAUGACGUAAGGAACUUGAAGUUUGACUUGGUACUCAGACAAUGGUGCGACAUCAACCCUGCGCUCGAAUUUAGAGUCUUCGUUAGAGAUGCCCAUGUCGUCGGAGCCUCUCAACGCGAUUUGAAUUACUAUGAAUACUUGGAUGAACUGUCGGACACCUUCAAGGACCUUAUUGACGAAUUGGUACACGAUGUCAUCCUACCAAAAUUCUCUGACAAAAGUUUUGUGCUAGAUGUAUAUAUUCCAAGACCCUUCAACAAAAUUUUCAUCAUUGAUAUAAAUCCAUUUGCCAGGAAGACAGACUCCCUGCUGUUUUCAUGGAACGAAAUUGCUACAAUAGUGCCUUCGACAGAUGGCAGAAAUGACGAGGAUUAUGAAUUGAGAUUGGUAACGAGGCAUAACACUGGUAGGUUUGCUUCCAAGGAACACUCCGAAAAUCACGUCCCGCAAGAUCUCGUGGAGGCCGGUCUAGACCCCGAAGCAAUCCGAGAGCUUACGCAGAAAUGGAGAGAGUUACUCAAUCAACAAACUCAAGAAGAAAGUAGUGGUAGCGAGGAUGAAGCGUAA